CUUUUUGGCAUGUUUUUAUUUAUAUAGUGGAAUGGAAUGAUAACCUUACCUCUGCGCUACCCCAAAGUCAUAGCUUCCACUUUUUUGCAGUCUGAAAUGAGACUUUUUGGAGGGAUUGACACUGAGGCACUGAAGCAGCACUUUGGAAAGAAAGUCAUGGAACUCGAAGAAGAGAAAAGAAUUGUGCAGCAAGAGAGGGACCGCUUAUUGGCUGAAGUCGAGAGCCUUGCUACUAACUCUGACAUACAAGGACAAAAAAUGCAAGAUGUGCAUGCGCAAAAAUUAAAGUUUCUCGAAACACAGAUUUUAGAUCUUAAGAAGAAACAAGAAAACCAAGUCCACCUUUUAAAGGCAAAACAAAAAAGUGAGGAAGCAGCAAAGCGGCUGCAAGCUGAAAUACAAUAUAUCAAAGCUCAGAAGGUUCAGUUGCAGCAUAAAAUAAAGCAAGAGGCAGAACAAUUUCGACAAUGGAAGGCUUCUCGUGAAAAGGAAUUGCUACAGCUAAGGAAGGAGGGGAGGAGAAAUGAGUAUGAACGGCACAAGCUUGAAGCUCUGAAUCAGCGCCAGAAAACAGUUCUUCAAAGAAAGACAGAAGUGGCAGCAACUGCUACCAAGCGGCUUAAGGAGUUGUUAGAAGCUCGCAAAUCUGCUGUACGUGACAACUCAGUUAACCCCAACAAGCAUACUUCAGCUAGCCAGAGCAAUGAAAGAUCUUUACAACGGUGGCUUGAUCAUGAGCUGGAAGUCAUGGUGCAUGUGUAUGAAGUUCGUUUCGAAUAUGAGAAGCAAAAGCAAGUGCGAGCCGCACUGGAAAAAGAAUUGGCCUUACUUAAACAAGCAGAUCAGCUUUCUUCUGAAGGGCAGAGUACCCAAAGAGUAAAGAGUGGAUAUUCCAGAGUGUUAUCCAUGUCACUGGAUGCAAGAAUGGCAAGAAUAGCUUCACUUGAGAACAUGCUGGGCAUGUCUUCAAACGUUCUUGUGGUGAUGGCUUCACAACUGUCAGAAGCAGAAGAAAGGGAGCGGAGCUUAAGCGGUCGUGGGCGUUGGAAUCAGUUGCGUUCAAUGGGUGAUGCUAAGCACUUGCUUCAAUAUAUAUUUAAUGCUGCUGCAGAAGCAAGGUGCCAGUUGUGGGAGAAGAAUAUGGAGAUUAAGGACAUGCAAGAUCAACUGAAUGAGCUUGUAAAUCUACUGCGAAAAAGUGAAGCACAGAGAAAAGAGCUCAUGAAGGAACAAAAAGUCACAGAACAAGCUGUUGCUGUUGCCUCAAGUACAUCCGCUUUGGGGAAUUCACGCAUUUCAUUAAAGCACUGUGUCGAUGAUAUGAGUGGUCGUUUAUCUCCAAGGUUGCUUCCGGCACCAAAGCAGCUCAAAUUCACACCUGGAAUUGUUAGUGGGUCAAUUCAAGAGUCGGCAACAUUUCUGAACCAGACACGAAAGAUGGUACCAAUUGGGCAAUUGUCUAUGAAGAAACUAGCAACGGUGGGUCAAGGUGGGAAACUUUGGAGGUGGAAGAGAAGCCAUCAUCAGUGGCUGCUACAGUUUAAAUGGAAGUGGCAGAAGCCUUGGAGACUCUCAGAAUGGAUCAAGCACAGUGAUGAGACAAUAAUUAGAUCGAGGCCUCGCCCACAGGCUCAGAUAGAUAUUAUGUGAUAACUUCAUUUUCAUCAGCUUCCUUUCAUGUUGUACUUGUACAUACAUCUUGACUGCCAUAUAUGAUCCAACAUAUGGCUUGGUGAAAACAACUGUAACUGCCGGAUGCAGGGGUGUUGUAAAUUGGCAGGAGGAUGGUAGGUUAGACUAACCAACUUGUCAUGCAAGCAGUCUCACGAAACUUGCAUAAGACGGCCAAAUUGGAGUGCUGUUGCAUCUGGUGGAAGAAGACACGGUCAUGCAAGAAAUAGGUGGUUUACGAUGCUAACAUCUGGUGUUGAUUUGUUUUCCUGAUUCCUUUUCCAUAUAUCGUCCAUUAGAUACAUAGGCAUACCACUUAGUUUGUCAGAAUUUGGCUUUGGCAUGUGAUCUUUUAUUUUUGUACUUAUUUUCUCUUUUAUUAUGUGACAGUUUUACUCAGACAAAUUUUAAGUCAAAUGAACAUAGACUUCAUAUACUUUUUUACUUC